UCAGAGGACUCGGAGGACUCGGAGGACUGCGGUCGCCCUCAGCAGUCUUCAGGAAACCAGGUCUCGGUGUCACUGCGGCGUUCAGCUGAGAUCAGCACUUCAUCUUCAUCCUCAUCAGAGCAUUCAGCAGUUCUACUGACAUCCACCUCUGCAUUAGAGUUCACACUGGACCAUCCUCAGGUUUAUGUUGUAAUGAUGGAUGGACCUGUAGAGGAGAAGAAGAUGGGAUCAGCAGAGGAGAAACUUGGGAAAAUGCGGACAGAGUUUGUGUCGAGGGUGUCAAAAGAAAUCCUCAUACAGCUCCUCGAGGCCCUGGUUGCAGAAGGUGUGUUUGAUGAUUUGGAGAAAGAGAGCAUAAUGGGGGAGAACCGUGUUAGAGCAGAUAAGGCACGCUGUAUCAUUGACGCAGUGAAGAAGAAAGGAGACAAAGCCAGCGGCAUAAUGAUCAGACAUCUUCAGACCAGAGAUCCAACUCUCUCCUCUCAGCUGGGUUUAUGCUCUGGUUCAUCAGCUAAGCACGUGGCUCUUCAGAAGUGUCAGAUUAACUUCAAGUCAAAAUUAAAGAAGAAGUUCCAGUGUGUGUUUGAGGGGAUCGCUAAAGUAGGAAACCCAACCCUUCUGAAUCAGAUCUACACAGAGCUCUACAUCACAGAGGGAGGGACUGCAGAGGUCAAUGAUGAACAUGAGGUCAGACAGAUUGAAACAGCAUCCAGGAAACCAGACAGACCAGAAACAACAAUCAGACAAGAAGACAUCUUUAAAGCCUCACCUGGAAGAGAUGAACCAAUUGGAACAGUGUUGACAAAGGGAGUGGCUGGCAUUGGGAAAACAGUCUUAACACAGAAAUACACCCUCGACUGGGCUGAAGACAAAGCCAACCAGGACAUCCAGUUCAUAUUUCCAUUUACUUUCAGAGAGCUAAAUGUGCUGAAAGAGGAAAAGUUCAGCUUGGUGGAACUUGUUCAUCACUUCUUUACUGAAACCAAAGACGCAGGAAUCUGCAGCUUUGAAGACUUCCAGGUUGUGUUCAUCUUUGAUGGUCUGGAUGAGUGUCGACUUCCUCUGGACUUCCACAAAACAAAAAUCCUAACUGACCCUAGAAACUCCACCUCAGUGGAUGUGCUGCUGAUAAACCUCAUCAGGGGGAAACUGCUUCCCUCUGCUCACCUCUGGAUAACCACACGGCCUGCAGCAGCCAGUCAGAUCCCUCCUGACUGUGUUGGCAUGGUGACAGAGGUUAGAGGGUUCACUGACCCACAGAAGGAGGAGUACUUCAGGAAGAGAUUCAGAGAUAAGGAGCAGGCCAGCAGGAUCAUCUCCCACAUCAAGACAUCACGAAGCCUCCACAUCAUGUGCCACAUCCCAGUCUUCUGCUGGAUCACUGCUACAGUUCUGGAGGAUGUGCUGGAAACCAGAGAGGGAGGACAGCUGCCCAAGACUCUGACUGAGAUGUACAUCCACUUCCUGGUUGUUCAGGCCAAAGUGAAGAAGGUCAAGUAUGAUGGAGGAGCUGAGACAGAUCAACACUGGAGUCCAGAGAACAAGAAGAUGAUUGAGUCUCUGGCAAAACUGGCUUUUGAUCAGCUGCAGAAAGGAAACCUGAUCUUCUAUGAAUCAGACCUGACAGAGUGUGGCAUUGAUAUCAGAGCAGCCUCAGUGUACUCAGGAGUGUUCACACAGGUCUUUAAAGAGGAGAGAGGACUGUACCAGGACAAGGUGUUCUGCUUCAUCCAUCUGAGUGUUCAGGAGUUUCUGGCUGCUCUUCAUGUCCAUCUGACCUUCAUCAAUUCUGGACUUAAUCUGCUGGAAGAAACAACCUCCUGGUGGUUUAAAUUAUUUAACACACCAAAACUUCAAUCUCUCCACCAGACUGCUGUGAACAAGGCCUUACAGAGUCCAAAUGGACACCUGGACUUGUUCCUCCGCUUCCUCCUGGGUCUUUCACUGCAGACCAGUCACACUGUCUUACGAGGCCUGUUGACGCAGACAGGAGGGAGCUCACAGGCCAAUCAGGAAACACUCCAGUACAUCAAGGAGAAGCUCAGUGAGAAUCUGUCUGCAGAGAAAAGCAUUAAUCUGUUCCACUGUCUGAAUGAACUGAAUGAUCGUUCUUUAGUGGAGGAGAUCCAACAGUCCCUGAGAUCAGGAAGUCUCUCCACAGAUAAACUUUCUCCUGCUCAGUGGUCAGCUCUGGCCUUCAUCUUACUGUCAUCAGAAAAAGAUCUGGAUAUGUUUGACCUGAAGAAAUACUCUGCUUCAGAGGAGGCUCUUGUGAGGCUGCUGCCAGUGGUCAAAUCCUCCAACAAAGCUCUCCUGAACAGGUGUAAUGUCUCUGAGAGAAGCUGUGAAGCUCUGUCCAUGGUUCUCAGCUCCCACUCCUGUAGUCUGAGAGAGCUGGACCUGAGCAACAAUGACCUGCAGGAUUCAGGCAUGAAGCUUCUUUCUGCUGGACUGCAAACGCCACAGUGUAUGCUGGAAAUUCUCAGUGUGCCUGGUUGUAUGAUAACAGAAGAAGGCUGUACCUCUCUGGUCUCAGCUCUGAACUCCAACCCCUCCCAUUUGAGAGUGUUAGACCUGAGCUACAAUCAUCCAGGCCAUUCUGGAAUACAGCUGCUCUCGGCUGGUCUGAAGGAUUCACAAUGGAGACUGGACACUCUCAGAUUCCUGUCAACUCACAAUCGACACAAACACAGUACACAAAAACCUCCAACUGUCUGACAACAACAGGAAGGUGACACGUGUGAAGGAGGUUCAGCCAUAUCCUGAUCAUCCAGACAGAUUUGGUUAUCGUCUACAGCUGCUGUGUAGUGAUGGUCUGACUGGUCGCUGUUACUGGGAGAUCGAGUGGAGAGGAGA